GGCCUGGACGCCCUCGGCGCCUUCGAGAUCCCGGUGGACGCCCGCGCGUCUCAGUUGCAGAGGCGGCUGCAGGCGAACCUGCAGGUCCCGCCGGCGCGGCAGCUGCUCCUGUCGCCGGGCAGCGGGGGCUGGAGGCUGUUGCUGCCCAGCGCGCGCAUUGCCGACCAUGUCUACUCGCCUGGCAGCGGCUCAGGCGGGGCGUGCUACCUGGCCACCAGCGUGGUCAAGGAGUGCCCC